CCUUCCUUUAUUAACGAUUUUGAUCAUUACCUUUUUUCUUUUCUUGGACUUGCCUCCGUGAGAUAAAUAAUUGAUAGUUAUUGAGUGCAGCAACCUAUUUCCCUUUCAUUCUAUUUACAUUUGGUCUUUAUACCAUCCUUUUCAAACUUCCUUUCCUUUCAGUAGGCAUAGAAAUUUCUUUCAGAUAGCGACCAAAUUCUACCAUGAAAUUCGGUGUCACUCUUAAAGAGAAUGUCUUUGAUCCAUGGCGAUUUGACUACUUGUCGUAUGAUAGUGUUAAAAUGGACUUGAAAGCACGACAACUAGAUCACAAAUGGAAUUCGACCGAUGAAUCUCAUUUUAAGCAGGUACGGUAGAGAGCCAAUUGUCUGAAGUACCCAAUUGAAACGCAUGCAUUGAUGAUCACCAUUCUUUUUGAUGUUGACCGAAUUUGCUUCUUGAUUUAUGACCUAACCUUGCCAUUUGUGAAUCCACAGAUUAUUGAAAUUGAGUUUGAUAAAGUUGGCAACUUCAUCACUCGCAAACAAGCCGAACUUGAAACUCGCAUUUCAUACUGCGAGCGAGUACUUACGUCGGUAGCAAACACUGGCCUUGCCAGUAUUAAUGAACAGACUAGCCAAGUGUACAGCAGCAUGAACGAGACACUCACAGAGAUAUUGUUUGAUGUCAAUGAUCUAAGCAAGUUCACCCGAAUUAAUUAUCUUGCCUUCCAAAAGAUCAUUAAGAAGCACGAUAAAUGGACGGGACUCAAUGCUCGACAUGAACUAGUCGGCCUAUUCCAAAAAUACGAAUUAGACAAUCAACGUUUCGACGUAGUCAUUGUGCGAAUUUCAACUCUUCAUGAUCUUUGUAGAUUACGUGGCGGCCAACGUACCGGAAAUUCAGCAGCCGGAGGUGACCAGAAUGCCUUUGAACGGGCCACUGCCAAAUACUGGAUUCAUCCAGAUAACAUCACUGAAGUAAAAGCUAUCAUCCUCUUCCACCUUCCAGUCCUUGUCUUUAAUCAGCAAAAAGAUUAUGAAGCGUCCGAUAGUGCCAUUUCCUCGGUAUACUAUGACAAUGAUAACUUUGACCUGUACACUGGUCGCCUACAACGUGAUGACGGCGCCGAAGCUAUCCGAUUCCGAUUCUAUGGACCAGAAACAUCCCCAAAUAUCUUCAUAGAACGUAAAACUCACCAUGCACCUUGGUUGGACGGAGCAUCCGUCAAGGACCGAUUCCGUCUGAAGGAACAUCAAGUUAACAGCUUUGUUCGUGGAAAGCUAACGCCAAAUCAAAUCGUUAGCGACAUCAAAAACUGUACGCCUGAGCAAGCGGACGAGACUAACUUUAUCGCUUCCGGCAUUCAAACAUCGUUUAAGGAAAAGCAAUUGCAACCCAUUUUGCGCGUGUUUUAUAAUCGCACCGCAUUCCAACUUCCUGGAGAUCAGCGCCUGCGCUUGUCCCUGGAUACGGACAUGACAUUCAUUCGUGAAGAUCAUCUUGAUGCUCGGUUGCGUCGUCCAAGUAAUAAUUGGCGUCGAACGGACAUUGGAAUCGAUUAUCCUUUUUCUUAUGUUACUGAAGGUGACAUUCUCCGCUUCCCUUACGCGGUGCUCGAAACCAAGAUUCAGACACAUCUGGGCCAAGAACCGCCACAAUGGCUGACUCGAUUAUUGGACUCUCAUUUAGUGCAUGAAGUCCCUAGGUUCUCAAAAUAUCUGCAUGGCGCCUCUCAUUUUUUUAAAGAACAGCUUCCACUCCUACCUUGGUGGCUGUCAGAGGUUAAUACCGACAUCCGGAAGGAGCGCACUGAUCAAUUUGGGCUUGGUCGGUCCAAGAGUUUCAAACCGCUUUUGGAUGGCAAAUACUACCGAGCUCAAGUUGAACAGCGCAAAAGUUUGGAUGUCGGUCGUACAUCGCUUGCUGUUUCUACACAAUUAAGCAUCGAUCACCUUAAAACCAUCGAUAAUAAUCAAAAUGAUUUGGUCUUGGAUAUGGCUGCUUUAAGCAAACACGAUCAAUUUAUGUCGGCUGAUUUCUUAAACCUUGGACCCAGUGGAUCAUCUACACCCAACUCCAUGUUUCGUAGGGACUCAGCAACGGUGUCAGCAAGUCUGCUACCUCCAUACUCGUCAGAGAAGAGUAGUCUCAGGUCAGGUGUUGGACGCAUCUUCCCUCGACGUAAUAAGGACGAUCUCGAAGCUCGCAGGCCAUCUUCUCCGCUAACCACAAGUGUUGUCCCUACUCCCAAGAAGAAGAAAGCUAAGGAAAUGAAAGUCAAAAUUGAACCCAAGGCAUUUUUCGCCAACGAACGAACAUUUAUUUCUUGGCUGCAAUUUUGUGCUCUUCUCCUUACGACUGCUCUUAAUCUCCUCAACUUUGGAGACAAUGUCUCACGUGUGUCUGGGGCAGUUUUCAUCGCCAUUGCCGCUCUGCUGGCGAUCUACGCUCAGAUUCGAUAUCAAUAUCGAGGCUGGCAACUUCGUCAUCAGAGCACAAAACGCUACGAUGAUGUUUGGGGCCCUGCUGUAUUAUGUGUGUUGCUUGUUGGAGCACUUGUGCUGAACUUUUAUUUGCGCUUUGGACAUUCUGCCCUAUAAUGUUUCGGAAAAGUAUGCAGGCUCACAUACGUUUAGAGAAAAGAAAGUCAAGAAUGCUUUCUUUCUGCUGUGGUG